UAUAAGUUGUCUUUCUUGCAAUUUAAAAACAAAAUGGCUGUGAACAGGUGCGUCCAGGUAGACUAAUUUUUGAAUGCUGUUUCGCUGCUGAUUUUCUUUAAUUUCAACACAAUGGAGUUAAAAGUGCUUUACGCAAUAACUUUGUUAUUUAUUGGUUGUCCUCUCUCCGCAGCUUUACUGUGCUCUCAGUGUUAUUCAAUGACAGUCAGAAAUCAAAGUAACAUGGACCCGCUGUUCCAAUCUGUGGCCCCGAGUCUCUAUAGUUCCCAGUGUGGGGCAGAGUACCACCGUGCACUCGGCGUCACUCCCCAACCAGUGAUGGGCUCGAACCAGCAACCCGUCCUGCCCACCACGUGUCAGAUCAUGGCAGUGGCGGGAACUAACACCGAGAUUCGGUGUGGUUUUUACACUGGAUACAUUGAUGUCACCACCCAUAGCGGAGAGGGUAGAGCCUCCUUAAAUGUUUUCUCCAUGACCUGCUUUAACGUGGAUGUGAACGUAGAAUGGCCGUGCAAGGCUAGAGAGUUUCCUAUACCUGGAGACCACCGGCACUUUGAUCUCAUCCUGCAGAACAAAUUUAGAAAUUUACUGAAACUAACCAGAUUUGUCGGCAGCGUGUGCUACUGCCGCCGCCCUGACUGUACUGACGUCACUAAUGGCAGUUCCGAAACAGUUCCAUCAGUUGCUCUCAGUUUGCUAUUGAGUGUUUUAGUUCUCUUUAGAAAAUUUUAUAUCUAAAUAUAUUUUUUUACAAUUUUUAAGCGAAAAUGUUUUUUAAAAUGCUCAUUUUAUUCAAUUUAUUGCAAACUUUUAUUUUUUCAUCAAUUACACUGUGUCAUAAUCUUGAGCCAACAACAAAUUGCAAGGAUAUGUGUUUUUCAUCUCAUAACUACCUUGCAUUCUUAACUACCCAAUGAGUUGUAUAAAAUACAGAUUGUUACUAGAAAGAAUUAUAUGUGAAAAGUGAUGUAGAAGAAAUCUACAAAAUAUAUGACAGAUUGCUGAUUUUUUUCUUCUUCAUAUUUCAGAGUUUAUACAUGUUUUUGAAUCUCAAGUGUACUUAGUAUAUACUUGUAAUUGUAUGGUAUUGGUAACCAAUAUCAGGUUUAUUUUUAUUUGUCUAAUGUUAGGGGAAGACUUGAGGAUAUAUGUAUUCAGAAAUCUGAGUUCAACUUGUAUUAUUAUACAUGUAUAUUUUUCAGCAUUUGUAUGUGCCAUUUAUUUGUAUAAACUGUUGGGCAUUUUUCUUAAUGUGUCCUACCCUGUUCUUGAUGCAUAUUUGGUAUUUUUAAAUAUAUUUUGUGCAAUUUUACAAUGUCAUAUUAUUAAAUAUAUUCUUUUUUAAAUCGGUUUUACAAGUUGUUCCCCUGGAUAUGUAUACACAACUUUUCUUCCAUAUAAAUGUUAUAUCUUAUUAUAUGUCGUAAAAGGUUAUGAUUAAUACAUUAUUAUGAUAUACCUUGACUUGGAAUAAAAAUAUAUC